CAGCUACUUUUUUUGGCGGAUGGAGGCUUUUCAGCUGCUCUCUCGGGGUGGCGCGCGCUUCGACAAAAAGAGAUUUCAGAAUGACCUCCAGCUAUUCUCUAAAGAUUCUGCAAAACCGACUGCUGCUUCUACCACCCUACGCGCCGGAGAGCUCCCGAAGGAAAUAGAUUUCUUCAAAUAUGCACCGGGUGGAACGGGAAAGCGCAAGGCAGAAGGAGGGUCUGCCAAAUCGAACAAGAAAAGGAGAAAGGACAGCGACCUCGAAACGGAUGUCCAAGACUCGGGAGAAGAGGAAGAGGAGGAAGAGGACGCUGCAGAUGACAUCGCCGCAAACAAGGCAGGACCCUCGAAACCAAAACAACGCAUUGUCGCCAAGGGUUCCGAUGUCCCGACCGCUGUAGAUUCGUUCACUGCCUUGGUCGAACGAUACAAGAUGUCUUCGCUCCUGCUUGCCAAUCUCAAUCAAUACGGCUACACAGAACCUACUGGUAUUCAAUCGCACGGAAUUCCCAUUCUUCUCGAGUCUCGGGACCUCGCCGCCAUCUCACCCACCGGUACCGGAAAAACACUCGCAUACCUCCUCCCUAUCAUGUGCUCCCUCGGUGUGCCGUCGUCGAGUUCAUCCAGUGACUCCGGAUUGGGUGUCCGCGCGGUCGUGUUAGCUCCGACGAAAGAGUUGGCUCACCAGAUCUACAACGAAUGCCUCAAAUUGGCACAGGGCCGAAAGUGGCGCAUCAUUCUUUUCUCUAAAGCAACUGCGAGCACAUUAAAGGAAAAGGAUGCGAGGGACAAAGUUGACAUCAUCAUCAGCACACCACUGAGGCUGGUCGCGUCGCUCAAGUCAAGGGAAAUCGAUCUGGGAAAUGUACGACAUCUGGUUCUGGACGAGGCAGAUCGCAUGUUGGACGCCGAGUUCCUACCCCAAGUCGAAGAGAUUGUAGCAUCAUGCACACACCCAAAAGUUCAAAAGGCCGUAUUCAGUGCCACAUUACCUGCGUCCGCCGAGAACAUGGCGCUCAAAAUGAUGCAAAAUCCAAUCAGGGUGGUGGUCGGACUGAAGCAAGUUCCCUGUUUUCUUCCUUUCAUCGCAUCCCUAACUAGUUCUCUUUCCAGGGACACCCCUUUACCGCUCAUUUCCCAGUCCCUGACGUACGUGGCGGACGAUCCGUCCAAACUGCCUAGUCUGCUGUCCUAUCUCAAGCAGCCAUACAACCCACCAGUGCUCAUUUUCACGUCGUCUCAACCACGUGCCAGCUCUCUCGCGCAGGAGCUCGUCCUUGCCGGGGUGUCGAAUGUAGACUGUCUGCACGCAGGAAUGAGUCAGAAGGAGCGCGAGGAGACUGUCACCCGAAUGCGGCGAGGAGAGAGCUGGAUCUUGGUCAGCACAGAAGUCAUGGCUCGUGGUAUGGAUUUCAAGGGAAUUCGAGAAGUCAUCAACUACGACUUUCCCACGAGCGUGCAGAGUUAUGUGCAUCGGAUUGGGCGAACUGGUCGUGCAGGUCGGGAGGGCAAGGCCGUGACGUACUUUACGGACGCUGAUGCCCCGUAUCUCAAAGCCAUUGCGAAUGUCCUCCUCCAAUCCGGAUCUCAAGUGCCGGAAUGGAUUACCAAGCUUCCUAAGCCGUCGAAGAUGAAGCGGAAACAGAUGGGAAAGGUCAAGAGGACGGAGUUCGUCAAUCCCCACCGCAAGAUCGGUAGGAGAGACGCGAUCAAGAUGAGGGAUAUGAUCGCUGGGUCAAAGCGAAGGCGAGAGAAGGAUGUUGAUCGGGUAGAAUCGGCAGACAGCGCGGUAUAGUAGGCUGACUCGUUCGUAUCGAUCUCACAGAUGGAUUUCCUUGCCAUGUCCGUGGCGACUUCAUCGAUAUCGUCAUCGCACCUUGUCAGCACAAAGAUUAGAUUACCUUCCAAGAUCGCUUGCGUGCUGUCAAAUAUCUCCGUCAAAGGGCCCUUUUUGCUUCCGUCUGUCAAUGGCCUGUCAAUGAGCUUUGCUUGAUCCCUUUGUCGUUUGACUCCCGCUUUGAUUAUCCGAGCUUCCCUGCUUACUUGUGUCCUUCUGCCUUGAUUGCAUGGGCGCCAUCCACUCGUUACUGGCCGACACAAUGGGGUUUCCCCCCCGAAUACAGACGUAUCGUGGAGGGAGGUAACAUUGGAACAUCAACACGAGGCUGAGAAAUGCCUGUUACAGACCGAUUUACAAUCAGCAACAUGAGAUAUGGCCGUUUGUUUCCAUCGACAUACACUGUUGGGAAUGUGAUAAGACAAAGGGUCAACCACGAGGCCGACACGAUGUGCUAAUUAGCAAGGGCGAAUGUCCAAUGUUCGACUGUCUAGCUUCGCAAAGCUCGAACUGAAAAAGAGCACUUUGGGUGGGAGCAAAAUGCCACAGUCGCUCCCGAUCCCUCCUCUGCUCUCCCCCUUGCACUCCUCCUCCCGUCCGCUGCCACACGAUCAUGCCCGUCGACUAUAGCGUAUCCCAUCGAUCUCGUAGGAGACCGUCUUCUGCUGUGCAGGAGAACGUAUUAGUCAAGCAUGAGGAAAAGGAUCCUGACUUCGAGGCGAUGGGCGAGCUGCAGUAUCCCGACUCCGACUCGGAGCUUGCUGUCGAGAGUGCAAAAUCGCGUCGGCGGGCUUCAAACAACCCACCGCGUCCCCCGAACGCCUUCAUCUGCUUCCGCUCUGCGUACUGUGCGAAGAACAAGCGGCUGCCGGGCGGUGGCACUCGGAACCACCGACAGGUCUCGCGCGACGCCGCCGCGAUGUGGAAUGUUGCGGACGACGUUACUCGAGCGCAUUUCAUUGCAGUCGCCGCGCAGAAGAAGAAGGAGCAUGCGCUCAAGUACCCUUCCUACACUUACACGCCCGCCCCCCGCGCUGGCGGCAGCGUCAGCGUCUCCGGCACCGCGCCGAACAAGUCGAAGAAACGCAAGGCGUCUGCGGGAGAUAGCGACGACGACUACAGCGAGCAUGCAUCUCGAACGCGCGCUUCCAAGCGCAAGCGGUCCGGCGUUGUCGCGACGCCGGCGAGGCUUUGCAGCACCCCGCCAGCGACGGUCUCAUCGGUGCUUAGCGCUCGACCGACACCCGAGCUUUCUCUGGACGGCAGCACGGGGUCUCCAGAGCUCCCACCCCGCACUCCUGAAGAGGAUGACAUCGUGGAGGAAUUCGUGCCCACCGCUGACAUCCCGGAACUCAACCUUGAGCCUCAUGUGUACUACAGCAGCUUCGACGACUCGAAGGCGGCUAUUUCACCUUCUGGCUACGAUUCCAACACUCCUGCCCACUUCCUAUCGUACCAGGAGCCGACUCCCCAGUUCUUCAAGUACGAAGUUCCGAUCGACACACAGACGAACGCGAUGUGGUUUACCCCGGAGCCAUUCUUGGAUGCAUUCAACGGGGAGUUGGAUGAGCGCCAAUCUGUGUUUGCAUUGCCCCCGAUCAACACCGCGAUGAACUUUACGAACCCGUUUACCGAUUCUCUCAUUGAGUCGCAGUCCUUCUAUGGCCCCUCCGUUUUUCAACUAUGAUGACUCUCCAUCGACCCUCCUUCACUGAAGAACUUGUACCACCGCCUAUGUUAUUUUCUGUAUUACUUGCUGCUUUUGUUGUACCGUAUGAAGCAGGUCUUUGUCACAUGUGUCGUCCUAUCAUUGGAAUCGAUCAGAUGCGCGUUCAUCUCAG